AUGACCGCUAAUUCUAGUAAAUCGCUUUUUGGAGCAUUUGGCGAUGAUCUGCCGGCUUUACAAGACAUUUUUAAGACUUUAUAUAAUCUUGCGCGAUCCCAGAUGCCCUACGACAUGCUUUCACUAGCCGACCAAGAUGCACUGGCUUAUAUGUUUCUAGAACGUCAUUCAGCCAACCUGUAUCCUAGAGUCAUUCUCUGUCAAGAAUACACUUUACAAACAAACUUUGUUGACUUUGAUCCCGAAUCCCUUCCUCCGAGUUACAGUGACAAGCAGCUUGCCAUUAUUCAUGUUAAAAAAUAUGGGGUAUGCAUGAAGCGGAUUGUCGGAAACUCAGCGUUCCUAUUACCAACCUAUAAUCGCAACAUGUUUUAUAUGCAAGCAUCUUAUUUUCUACAGUGUGUCAAUGAAUGGAUCAACGAUACUGAUCCUGACAGUGGGUUCUACGACAACUCGAGGUAUACAACAAAACAUAUUGCACGCCUGAAAGCAGAGUAUGGAAUCGACGUGUAUGACUUGGCGGCUCAGCUGGCUCAUCAUUCUGUACUUUCUGUAAUUAAUAACUUUAUUGCUCUUAAUAUCAAACUCCGUCGUGAUAUGGUGCGUCUAUGCUCGAUUCCAAGGUUUCUGGACGGCCGAACAGAACGCAAAUUUGAAACUGACUUGAAUGCAGCAAUAGACGAAUACCAGCGCGUAUAUAGUACCACUAUUAUCGGAAAUAUGACCAAGACUCUGGGACCCGAUGGAUGGUUUAAAAGGAUCACGGUGACUCCAGUGAGUAUUGUUUUGGCUUUAAGCGCAGGCUACGCCUGUUACCGGUAUUAUAUUAAGCGUGGUUAA